CCCGAGCAUUCAAUGCCAAGUGCUUAUUAACAUAAACCUACAAACAUUAUACCUUAUGAAUCCCAUUCACUUUGAUUAUUAUUCUGGCUUUUGUUGUACAAAAUUAUAACCAAAUUAAGCUAUGGAAUGAUGAGAAUACAACAGCAGCUGAUGAACAAAUGCCGCCCGCGCCUCCUGCUGCAAAAUGCAUCCGCCAGACUGGGCUCCUCCUCCUCAAUAGUUGUGAACAAAUCUCCACCAACUCCAGCUCCAUCGAACCACAGUCUGGACAUCGAACUGGAUGUGGUGGUGUCCAAGGAUGAACCAUUUCCGAUAUCCCUGCCAUCGAUGGUGUACUUCUACAGUCCGCUGAGCCGGUUGCUCACCAAGCUGUCGGUGUUGCAGCUGAAGUUGCUCUGGGACUGGGACUUCUCUGAGCACCAGUUUUUAGAGAACUCGUGCCAAGCGGCCGUCGUCUUCACCGACUUUGUGCGCCGCCGGCGUAACCGGAACGUGGAGCGCUGCAGCACGCCCAUGGGCUUCAAGCAGAUCAAGCACGAUCUGCUGGAUGACCCAGCAGACUGGCGGCUCGACCUGAUGCGCUUCGAGAGGGAUCACAUCCGGCGGGCCAUACCGCUGAAGGUGCAGCUGCUGCGCCACUACGAUCACCGGUUCGCUUUCUUCGACGUGGUCUACGUGGCGUUGCGCCGCUCCAACGACUUCCGUACGCCGAGUAGGGAUCAUAGCGAGAUGACAGAGCUUGUGAACCGUUAUGUGGAUCCAACGCAGCUGCAGGUAUCGCAUCCCCUGAUCUUUGCCGAGAUCUUUAUGCGCUUCAGACGCGACUAUUCGGUGGCGCCCACCAAGAUGGGCAAUGUGAUGGAUAACAACCGAUGUAUGGGCCAGUGGCUCAUCUCCACCUACAAGGUCGUCCGCUUCGACAUUGUCAACAAUCAUCCGCUGUUCGAUAUACCCGCCUUCGACCAAUGGAUGCCGCCGGUUGUGCCCAGGAUAGGACGCAUUAGCUCUUGAAUAAAGUUUAACCAGAGGUCCAAGCUCUGAUCACAUUUCCACGUAUUAACUAGUCUUCUAGACUAAUCAAAUGAGCUAGAAGGUUCUCUGGUAGCCAAAUUAUGAGAUAAUAUUUAGAUGACUUUGUUAAAAUAUUACAUAAACCAUUCGUUACAUA